CCUCUUCCUCCUCCCUUGUUUACUGAAGAAGCUGAGCUCGCCCGACAAAAACACGAGCUGGCAGGAGAGCAGUGUGUCUGAUGCGCAUUCAGCACAGGCUCUCCCCUCGUUUCCAUUUUUCAUCAACCCAUUUUUCCUCACUCGCGUCUCCACCCGUCGACUGCAGAAAUGCGCCUGGCGUUGCGCGGUGUUGUUUUCCUGAUCGCGGCGGUCGCGCAGAGCAGCGCAUCCUCCGGAGGCGAUGAGGACUGCGUGCGGUACAGAGGGGAACAGCGCAGCGCUUCCUCGGGUCUGAUCUGCUUGAACUGGAGCAACACCACCAGAGACUACGACGUUAAAGUCCACCCCGAUUCACAGACAGGUGUGGGAGAUCACAGUUACUGCCGGAACCCAGACUCCUCCGAGAGGCCUUGGUGCUACAUUACUGGUCCAGACGGGACAAUCCAGAGACAGUUCUGUGCAAUCGGCCCAUGCAAAGCCGAAGCCUCCACUGUGCGGCCAGAGGCCGAGGCUCUCGGGCCGACGCCGGGCCCCCCCACAGAGAAGCUGUCGGUGCCGGCCAAGCAGGGAGCCCCCCAGGGAGAGGUCGGCGCCGUGCAGCCGGUGAUGGGCAUCAGCCAGCGGGUGCACACGGGACCCAAGAAGAAGAAGGACCUGGGAGUGCUUGGCUACGUCCUCGGCGUCCUCAUGAUUGCGAUCAUAAUCAUGCUUGGAGCGGGCAUCACAGUGGGCUACUGCUAUAAGAGGACUCAGGACCUGAAGAAGCAGCACGAGCAGCGGGUGUACGAGCGCGAGAUGCAGCGGAUCACGCUGCCCCUGUCGGCGUUCUCCAACCCCACCUGCGAGCUGGUGGACGAGAACACCAUCGUGAUCACGGCCGAGCACGAGAGCAGCCCCGUCCGGGGCGGCGUGGAGGGCCAGGACCCGCUCAUGGGCCCCCGGGCCGGAACGCCUGGAGCGUGAGGUCCGCGGCGCUGCCGUCGGACGGAUGGGACGGUGCUGUGUUCUUUGUGCCCCAUUUCUGUUGGUUUUAAACUGUACACCUGUGACUGAGGACAGGAACGCUGACACACCACGAACAGUCCUGAUGGCCACAAGUCAACCAGUAAAGUGGCCACGAAGCUCUUAACAUUGACAUUCUGUUCAUUGAUAGGCAAAAAACAAGGUCAUGGACUGAACCCUAAAAUAAUCAGCGCAAAAUGGGGGUUGUUCUAAUUCCUAUAUAUAGUAUAUUGCAGUGUGAAGGAGGCUCGUGUUGAGCUCCUUUUGUACAAAUGGUGACACAGACGCAUACAGUAUGAUGCCCCAGGAUGGAGGUACAAGGAGAGGACCGGACUCAGAAACUGCCUUAGCAUGAUACUUCUGAAUGUAUCCAACUGUUCCUAGACCCCUCCUUUUUCUAUUUGCACUCUCGAUGGGCCACUGUGGAUAUAAAGCAUGACAGUGCCAGGGACACGGCAGAGGACUUGCCCUUUUCUUCCACAGGUUAAGGAGUGACAGGAAACGUAGAGAGCUCUCUCUCAGGAACCGUGAGAGGCCGCAGUUCGCCCCAAAACAGCACUGCCGCGGCACACGACCGGCGCGACCAGGCAACGAAGCAGCGCCACGCGGGCGCCGACCUGGAGAAACCCCCGGCUGGAACGGAUUCCCGUAUCGGAGACUCGUCCUUGAGGUUUCAGGGUGGGGGUGGGAGCCGGUUGUCAUAGCAACGCUCCAAAGUUUGGUCUGGUUCGUUCAAAAACAUGAUUGCAUGUACCGUUUAUCUGCUGUGUUUGUACUCCGUGACAUUUAGAACACGCCUGGCUGAAAGCAGCCGUCAUCCUUCACUGUAGUUUGUUACGCAUGUUGCACUGUUUCAGUAUUUUGCCAGUUCUUUCACACUCAGAGGUCUUAUCGUACGAUUACUGCUGAAUCCACAUUCCCGGUUAUCUGCUGCUCCAUUGUUUUCAGCGUGCUGUAAUUAGUUUUUUUCCCUUUUCCAUAUAGUGUGUUUGAAAUAUUGUUUUCCAGCAUCUUAAUUUUGUAUAUGUAUGAAUGCAGAUUCACUUCUAAGAUUGAAAUAAAGAAUCAAACGUAACAA